CGGCCACGUUGUCCUGCGCGCCCCGAGUGCCGGCUGCGCGAGUCCGGCCGGCGGCGCCCCUCGGCGGCCCCUCGCGCAGCCGCGGGGCUCGGCGGGGCCGCGCGAUCCCCCAGGCCCGGUCGGCGGGGGCACCGCAGCGCGGGGAGGCCCGAGCCACGCCAGGGACCCGCACGCGCGCGCGCGCCCGGGAUCCGGGCCGGCAGGCACCGCCCUCCGCCCGCCCGCCUCCCCGCGCCGCCCGGAAGCCGCGAGCGGGAGAGCGCGCGGCAGAGUUGGGCUCCGCGCAGAGCUGGGCGCCGGGGCCCAUGCCCGUGCGCCCCCGCGGGCCCGCGCCAUGGCCUCCGGGAGCGUGGCCGAGUGCCUGCAGCAGGAGACCACCUGCCCCGUGUGCCUGCAGUACUUCGCCGAGCCCAUGAUGCUCGACUGCGGCCACAACAUCUGUUGCGCGUGCCUCACCCGCUGCUGGGGCGCGGCGGAGACCAACGUGUCGUGUCCGCAGUGCCGGGAGACCUUCCCGCAGCGGCACAUGCGGCCCAACCGGCACCUGGCCAACGUGACCCAGCUGGUGAAGCAGCUGCGCACCGAGCGGCCGUCGGGGCCCGGGGGCGAGAUGGGCGUGUGCGAGAAGCACCGCGAGCCGCUGAAGCUGUACUGCGAGGAGGACCAGAUGCCCAUCUGCGUGGUGUGCGACCGCUCCCGCGAGCACCGCGGCCACAGCGUGCUGCCGCUCGAGGAGGCGGUGGAGGGCUUCAAGGAGCAAAUCCAGAACCAGCUGGACCACCUGAAAAGAGUGAAGGACUUAAAGAAGAGGCGUCGGGCACAGGGGGAGCAGGCACGGGCUGAACUCUUGAGCCUGACCCAGAUGGAGAGGGAGAAGAUCGUCUGGGAGUUCGAGCAGCUCUACCACUCCUUGAAGGAGCACGAGUACCGCCUCCUGGCCCGGCUCGAGGAGCUGGAUUUGGCCAUUUACAACAGCAUCAACGGCGCCAUCACCCAGUUCUCCUGCAACAUCUCCCACCUGAGCGGCCUGAUUGCGCAGCUGGAGGAGAAGCAGCAGCAGCCCACCAGGGAGCUCCUGCAGGACAUCGGGGACACACUGAGCAGAGCGGAAAGAAUCAGGAUCCCUGAGCCCUGGAUCACACCUCCAGAUCUGCAAGAGAAAAUCCACAUUUUUGCGCAGAAAUGUCUAUUCCUGACCGAGAGCCUGAAGCAGUUCACAGAAAAAAUGCAGUCAGAUAUGGAGAAAAUCCAAGAAUUGAGGGAAGCUCAGUUAUACUCAGUGGACGUGACCCUGGACCCAGACACGGCCUACCCCAGCCUGAUUCUCUCCGAUAACCUGCGGCAAGUGCGGUACAGUUACCUCCAGCAGGACCUGCCUGACAACCCCGAGCGGUUCAAUCUGUUCCCCUGUGUCCUGGGCUCUCCGUGCUUCAUCGCUGGGAGACAUUAUUGGGAGGUAGAGGUGGGAGAUAAAGCCAAGUGGACCAUAGGUGUCUGCGAAGACUCCGUGUGCAGGAAAGGCGGAGUCACCUCGGCCCCCCAGAACGGAUUCUGGGCAGUGUCCUUGUGGUAUGGGAAGGAGUACUGGGCUCUUACCUCCCCGAUGACUGCCCUCCCCCUGCGGACCCCCCUCCAGCGGGUGGGCAUUUUCUUGGACUAUGAUGCUGGCGAGGUCUCCUUCUACAACGUGACAGAGAGGUGUCACACCUUUACUUUCUCUCAUGCUACCUUCUGUGGGCCUGUCCGGCCCUACUUCAGCCUGAGUUACUCGGGGGGGAAGAGCGCAGCCCCCCUCAUCAUCUGCCCCAUGAGCGGCAUCGAUGGCUUUUCUGGCCACGUUGGCAAUCAUGCUCAUUCCAUGGAGACCUCCCCUUGAGGCAGGCGGCAAGCUAGGGCUGGGAGGGCUGUUGGCCGUGACCCUGCCCCAGGCCUAGGUGUCUGGCUGCCUUGCCUCUUCCCACGUAUCACAGCUGGAUGUCCUCGCUGCUCCCCGUGACCCUGCUGUGGGAGACGGGUAUCCACUGCCCUCUCCCUUCCCAUGCAAACUGUCAGAAGAUUGCCCAGACAUAAACACCCGACGUCCACCUCCGGUGUUUCCACACUGGUUCUGUGCGUCACUGGAGGGGUAAAGAGCAGGGAUGACCUUGGAGAGCCAGACCAGAUUCCUCGCCGCGGCUCACCUGGCUCCCCCCGGUUCAGCCCCACAUAGUGAUCGUGGAUGUUUGCUGUUUUCCGGACCAGGGCUCCUUUCUGAGGACUUAGAGUGGACCUACCUGGCCCUGUGAGCAUGGCUCCCCCUGUCCCAGUAUUUCCUUUGGGAAUAGGACCUCCGCCCUGACUCCCACUCUGCCGUAGUUUGAUUAACUCCAGUAAAGAGGCUUCUCUGUGUUUUGAUUCGUUACAGUUACUUGACAGUAACGGUGGGAAGUGGCCCCACCUCUGUUCCGGGAUAAUGUUCUAAUCAAUGUGCUCUUUGCCUCUGCAUCUUUUCCGAGGGCUCUGUCUGCUCCCUUCAUGCUAACGGAAGGUGCAUCCUGGUGUUGGGCGCCCCUCACCCAGGAUAAUUUUCUGCCAACACCAUCCAUGGUUCCUGGAUCCCCUCCCGCUCACGUUUGUGGACUGACGGUCAGUCGUACGCCGUCCCUGGAAUGAUUCUGAGGCAGUAUUCUGGGGGCCCAUUGACUUUGUGCCUCCAUUGGGGAAUGGGGGAAUUGACCUUUCUGAGAUGUGUACCAUUAAGGGGCAGUUCCAUCCCUAUAGCCAUCGGGUCAUGAGGCAUUCUGGGGCUAGAAGGCUAAGGCAGAUGACUUCAGGCCCCCACAGUGGUUCUUAGUCCUGCUUCCCUUUGGAUACGUGCCCUCUGUUUGAAAAUAAAGUGAGUAUGGAUGUUGUUUA